CUGAACCCUGGCUUCCUCCCUUCUCUCAAUGACUGUCGCAUCAAACUACGAUUGUUCUGGCUGUGAUUAAUCGCUCGUUCUUCCAAAAUCUUUCUGUAGUUGAUGGUGACAAAGUGAAUCGCGUUCGGGCCACAGAGGAAGCAUAUCAGUCGGCACAUUGAACAGGAAGAAUAACCGAAAAUCCGAACUACGGCGUCCAUUGGUGAAUCCCAGGGUUGAUCUGGAUGAGUUCAGGUGGAGCGUUCGGAGGAAACAGGGGAUUGAGACCUGUACCUCCGGAAAAGGGCAUUUUCCCUUUGGAUCACUUGCAUGAGUGUGAAACGGAGAAGAAAGAUUAUCUCGGGUGUCUCAAGUCUUCGGGUCACAAAUCUGAGAGAUGUAGGCACCUUUCAAGAAAGUAUCUCGAGUGCCGGAUGGCAAAGAACUUGAUGGCGAAACAGGAUAUGUCUGAGCUAGGAUUCAGGGAUGUUACUGAACUGGAAUCUUCCGUGGAGUAGUGGAAACUGAAGCCAGCGCGGUGGAAAGCCCUUUUUUUUCUUUUUUUGUAGAAUACAAACUGAAGACACCUAUUUGUCAUUGAAUUGAUUGUUGAAACCACCAUCAAGAGUUUUAGUCACAAGUAUUUCCCGGUUAGAGCCUUUGCA